AUGACGGAAUCACUUGGGCCAAACAAUGACACAUUGAUCAAUGUGGGACGAAACACGAUUCUGUGCAUGGACCUUGACACCAUUACCGGUGGGUUCGGGGUUCACAAUCCCCUCGACUUCACCGCCUCUCUUCUCCUCGUCCAGCUCUCCCUCAUCUCCGCCAUAUCCAUCCUCAUCGAUUUGGUUCUCCAGCCUCUUGGCCAGUCAAGCAUCGUGGCCCAGAUUGUCGGCGGUAUUAUCGUUGGACCCACGUUUCUUGGCCACGACAAAGACUUAGCACUGGCCUUGUUCCCUCCAAGGAACACCAUGGUCUUGGACACCAUUGCCGCUUUCGGUCUAAUGUUCUUCUUCUUCUCCAUAGGAGUCAAGAUGGACAUAUCCAUGUUGGCCAGACCAGGGAAGGUGGCCGUCAUGAUAGGAACCUUCCUCAUGUUCUUUACCACUCUGCUUUCCGUCAUGAUCUCCUACGCCAUGAAGACGUACAUACCCAUGGACAAGUCCCUCGCCCGAGCCAUCCAGUUCUACGCCGGUUCCCAGUGGCUAACCGCCCUCCCCAGCCUCGCGUGCCUCCUCACCGAGCUCAAGAUAGUCAACGCAGACCUCUCGCGCCUCGCACUCUCCAUCACAAUUUUCAACGACACCGUUGGAGUCCUCUUCAUCAUAGGCGGGGUUGCCUUCAUCGAGAGCGCCAGUAUCAUCCAGGCCGCCCUCAUUACCUUUUCCUCAGUCGUAAUCAUUUUCAUCAUUGUUCUUUUCUUUUACCCCGUCGUCAAGUGGAUCCAACGCAGGGUUAUCAACGACGACAAAGGUGUCCAGGAGUGGCACAUCAUCGUUCUCUUCAUUUGCGUGCCUCUCACCGCCUUGAUGACCGAGAUGGUCGGCCAGCAUUACAUAUUAGGCCCCUUUGUAUUAGGACUUAUGGUGCCCGAAGGCCCUCCCUUGGCCUCCGCCAUUGAGACCAAGCUCGACUUGUUCAUUUCAAAGCUGCUUUACCCUGUUUAUCUCACCGUCAGCGGCCUCAGCACCAAUGCCUACACCAUAAGCGGGAAAUCUGCCUGGAUUCUCGGGCUCCUAACCCUGUUUUCUUGUAUUAUCAAGACCAUAAGCGUCAUGUUGCCCGCUUGUUAUAUCGGCAUCCCGGUGCAAGAAGCUUUCGUGCUCGGACUCAUGCUCAAUGCCAGGGGAGUCAGCGAGCUCAUUGUUUACAACUUUUGGAGUGAUUUCAAGAUCCUUACGGAAGGAGACUUCUCGUUUGCGGUGUUUGCAGUGAUAGCGGUGACAGCCAUCAUCACUCCGCUGAUAAGACACCUUUACGACCCGUCCAAGAACCAGAUUCCACUUAAAAGAAGAAACAUUCAGCAAUCUAAGCCGGGGACAGAGCUUAAGAUAUUGGCAUGCAUAUUUGACGAAGUUAACGUGCACACGAUGGUAAACCUUCUCGAGGCCUCCAACGCUACGCGCGAGAAUCCAAUCGCCGUCACCACCCUCCUCCUGGUGGAGUUGGUGGGCAGGUCCAUGCCCAUGCUCAUCGCCCACGAACCGAACCAGCCCGCGCGUCACGACAGCUCGGCCGCGAUCAUCAACGCUUUCCAUCAAUACGAGCUCUACAACCAGGGAUGCACCAGUCUCCGCGCCUUCAGCGCUAUAUCUCAAUUAGACAUGAUCCACGAGGACAUUUGUCGCGUGGGGGUCGACCAGAACUCCUCCAUCAUCAUAUUGCCUUUCCACAAACAGUGGGCCAUCGACGGCUCCAUCGGAUCCAUGAACCGAGCCAUCCAGGCCAUGAAUGUCAGAGUCCUGGACCGUGCUCCCUGUUCCGUCGGAAUCCUGGUGGACCGCGGGGGCUUGCAUGGAACUCUGUCAAUCCUCAACAACCAAUCCACUUACCACGUGUGCGUCCUAUACGUGGGCGGUGCCGACGACAGCGAGUCCCUAUGCUACGCUGCUAGGAUGGCGAAUCACGAGAGCGUGGUUAUGACGCUGGUUCGGUUCUUGCAUUUCGGAAGCGACAAUGCCCGGGAACGUAAAGUGGACAACGAGCUAAUCAGCGAGGUCCGACGAGCGCAUGCUGGGAGGGACGCAUUCUCGUACAGGGAAGAGCUUGUGAGGGAUGGAGUGGGUUUGGCCGCUUGUAUCAGAGGACUGGAGAGUUCGUUCGAUCUGAUUGUAGUAGGGAGGAGCCAUCCGGAUUCCCCGUUGAUGGUGGGGCUUGAAGAAUGGAGCGAGUGCCCUGAACUGGGAGUGGUUGGCGACAUAUUGGCGUCGGCUGAUGCAAACAGUACUUCGUCGGUAUUGGUUGUACAACAACAAAAGAUCCUGGGAGGAAAACUGGUUCAUCGCGCGAUGAAACACCUGGCCGGGGAUAGAGAUUCGCUUCUGAUGCAGCCAAUGCCAACACCGGUGGGCGAACACAAUGAUCACUCGUGGGUAAGCGAACAGAACGAACCCACAUGGGCGGUUGCAAUGGACAAAUCAUCUGAUAGAAAGUUUAAUUAA